UCUCCUGCUUCUAGCCUGGUUGCCUUCUGGGAUGACCCACCAAGACCUCCCAUUCCGGCGGAACCCCCGAAGCCAUGGGACCCUGAGGUGCUACUCUGCUGAGGAGCUGUCUCGUGGCCAGGCUCCCCCACACCUGCUAACCCGAAGUGCCAGGUGGGAGCAGGCCCUCCCUGUGGCCCUUGUGUCCACUCUGGAGGCCACAGGCCGCAGGCGACAGCAUGAAAGACCUCUAGCUGGAACACAGUGCCCCGUGCUGCGGCCAGAGGAGGUGCUGGAAGCUGACACCCACCAGCGCUCCAUCUCACCAUGGAAAUAUCGCAUUGACACAGACCAGAACCGCUACCCACAAAAGCUGGCGGUGGCAGAAUGUCUGUGUCGUGGCUGCAUCAACGCCAAGACGGGCCGGGAGACAGCCGCCCUGAACUCUGUGCAGCUGCUGCAGAGUCUGCUGGUGCUGCGGCGGCAGCCCUGCUCGCAAGACGGUGCCUCGGACCCUACACCAGGAUCCUUCGCCUUCCACACCGAGUUCAUCAGAGUGCCUGUUGGUUGCACCUGUGUUCUUCCCAGGUCUGCACAGUGAUGACUUCUGCUGAGGCCCCAUCUGAGGCCCCAUUGUCGUUCAACCGGGCUUUUUCUGGGCCAGACAUCCCAGGCAACCCCACAGAGGAUGCCCUUCUGUUUAUAUGUAUUUAUUGCUUAUUUAUUGACUCAGAAGUGCAGCAGAGGCCGUACCCAGGCUUGCCCAGUGAACUCUGACCAGUGCCCAGAUGCAGGCGGCUGGUCUCAGGACUGGAGAGGUCAGGCAAGCCCCUGUCUGGAAGGAUCAUUCCCAGGGACUCUUCAGCUUUAGCUAAGCCUGUUUCCAAAGCGGAGAGCUGGGCAUGGUAUGGGGCACAGCUGGAGUCCCAGCCUCCACAGAGGCUGGAAAGUUGCCUCAAAUUCUCAGACAGCCUGGUGUACAUAAUGAGUUUCAGGGAUAGUAAAACCAUCUCAAAAGGAAGCCUGAAGGAACCGGCUUCCUCUCCUUGAACCUCUAGCAACAGUGACAGGCGGGGAGAUGAGGGGCCGGCUCUAUGUUACCCCAGAGUCCUGGUUCUGCCCAAUGCAGCUCUGCCAGCUGUUUUUAAACAAUUAUUUAGCCGGGCGGUGGUGGUGCACGCCUUUAAUCCCAGCACUCGGGAGGCAGAGGCAGGUGGAUCUCUGUGAGUUCGAGGCCAGCCUGGUGUACAAGAGCUAGUUCCAGGACAGGAACCAAAAAGCUACGGAGAAACCCUGUCUCAAAAAUUCAAAAAAUAAAAAAUAAACAUUUAUUUUAACUGUUAUUAAAGGGACAUGUUCAGCGCUUCCUUUACUUAUUCCUGCAAGUCUACUUUUCCUCCCUCCUGGCCCUGUCCACCCAGUGGUGCUCAGAGGCUACUAAAGCCCCAGCUUC